UCGAGGCUUCGGUUCCCAGGGCAGUGUCAGAGCAAGGACUGAAGGCUGGUCAGGACCUAUCGGGGCAGCCUGUCAUUCCUCUCUCGCCCUCGUAGGUGCCGGCAGCCGGCUUGUUGCUCUUCUCAGGCGCUUACCAUGGCCUGGGGACUGCCCAGCACUGCCAGCCUGGCGCGCUUCUGCCAGAAGCUGAACCGGCUGAAGCCACUGGAGAAGUCAACCAUGGAGACGUCACUUCAGCGCUGCCUGAGCACGCUGGACCUGACCCUGCUGGGUGUCGGUGCUACAGUGGGCUCGGGCCUCUACGUGCUCACGGGCACCGUGGCCAAGGAGAUGGCCGGCCCUGCGGUGCUCGUGUCCUUCAGCAUGGCUGCUGUGGCCUCCCUGCUGGCAGCCCUAUGCUACGUGGAGUUCGGGGCCCGUGUGCCCCGCACAGGCUCUGCCUACGUGUUCACCUACGUGUCCAUGGGCGAGCUGUGGGCCUUCCUCAUUGGCUGGAACGUGCUCCUCGAGUACCUCCUUGGUGGUGCCUCUGUGGCCCGUGCCUCAAGCAGCUACCUGGACGCCAUCUUCAGCCACCGCAUCCGUAACUUCACCAUGGCCCACGUGGGCAUCUGGCAGGUGCCUUUCCUGGCCCAGUUCCCCGAUGUCUUGGCUGCUGGUAUCGCACUUUUGGCCUCCACAUUUGUCUCCUGUGGAGCCCGUGUCUCUUCCUGGCUCAACCAUGUGCUGCUUGCUAUCAAUAUGCUCGUCAUCCUCUUCAUCAUCAUCCUGGGGUUUGUCCUGGCCCGCCCGUACAACUGGAGUGCUGACGAGGGUGGCUUUGCGCCCUUCGGCUUCUCCGGCAUCAUGGCCGGUGCCGCCACCUGCUUCUUUGCCUUCCUGGGCUUUGGUGUCAUUGCUGCCUCCAGCGAAGAGGCCCAGAACCCGAAGCGGGCUGUGCCUAUGGCCAUCAUCAUCACGCUCAGCCUGGUGGCUGUUGCCUACAUCCUCGUCUCCACUGUGCUCACCCUCAUUGUGCCCUGGCACAGCCUGGACCCUGACUCGGCACCCGCUGAUGCCUUCUACCAGCGGGGCUACAGCUGGGCGGGCUUCAUUGUGACAGCUGGCGCUAUCUCUGCCAUGAACACCGUCCUGCUCAGUGACAUCUUUACCCUGCCACGCAUCGUAUACGCCAUGGCCACCGACGGGCUCUUCUUCCAGGUGUUUGCCCACGUGCACCCCCGGACGCAGGUCCCCGUAGUGGGCAUCCUGGUAUUUGGGGUCCUCAUGGCUUUCCUGGCGCUGCUGCUGGACCUCCAGACACUGGUUCAGUUCCGGUCCAUCAGCAUACUACUGACCUUUACUUUCGUGGCCACCAGCAUUAUCGUGCUACGCUUCCACAAGUCCCCUCCAGCCAGUUCCCUGGACCCAGCCAGCCCUGUGGGCACAGAGCAGGCCUCAGCUGCUGAGCCUGGGCAGCUGCGACCAGCCCUGAGGCCAUACCUUGGCUUCCUGGGUGGGUGCAGACCUGGAGCUGCUGUGGCUUGGGCACUUGGUGUCCUGGUGUCCUCGGCCAUCACUCUGGACUGCGUGUUGGUCUUUGGGGGCUCGGCCCUGCACCUCCCGCCCUGGGGCUACACCCUGACACUCCUGCUCAGCUCCAUCAUGUUUCUGCUCAGUCUCCUUGUCCUGGGGGCCCACCAGCAACAGCGCCGGCAGGACACCUUUCAGGUUCCCAUGGUGCCCCUGACUCCAGCCCUGAGCAUCCUCCUCAACGUCUUCCUCAUGCUGCAGCUGAGCUCCCUGACCUGGCUGCGCUUGUCCAUCUGUCUGCUGAUCGGACUCGUGGUGUAUUUUGGCUAUGGCAUCUGGCACAGCAAGGAGAACCAGCGGGAGCUGCCGGGGUUGACUGCCACAUGUGGCAGCCUGGAAAAGACGGCACAGGCCCUGCAGCGCCCCAGCCAGGCACUGGCCCAGGAGCCCGGUCGCACGGAGCAGCCCACCAGUUCAUGAGGACCGCUGGGGGCCUGCCUGCCCUCCUGCAACUCCUCAUGGGGACAGAGAGGCUGGCAGCUCCUUUUAUCCAGGACAGCUUGGGUUUGUAGGCCUGUCUAUGCCAAGGAGUCCUCAGGACCUUAGGACCUUAGCACAGGUGCGUAGCUUUGAGUCCUUAUGAGUGGGUCGUGGCCAGAGCUGGUGUGGUGGACUCUGCCCAGCACCUUCCAGUUUAUGACCAACUCCAGCUACCUCGGCAGGUGAGCAGGGCAGGCAGGGAAGAGGCCCGCAGCCCCAGGGAUCCACAAUAAUAACUGCUCAGUCACCUCCGUGGCCUGCCAUCAUGUCCACUGUGGUGUUCUUUGUGGCACUGAGUCCUCACCUGCCCCCAGGAACCAGACGAUUGUCCCUAAUCCACAGCAAAGAUGCUGAGGUUCUAUAAUGGGGAGGCACCAGCCCUGAGACAGCCCUGAGUCAGGGAAAUGGCCUGGCCUGGGUCCCGGGGUCCUCCCCUCAAGCCAGUGCCCUCUGGCCAGCUCAGAGGGGACCUGCACACACUCCUACACAUACCAGGCACAGAGGGGUCCCUGACAGGGUGGGCCCAAGCUCCCUCCCAG